GCAUGUGUAAUAUUAUCGUGUAAAAAAAAGCAUACUGUAUGCUUGUUUUGAUAGUACGUAUGUGUAUUGGCAGGAUGUGCUUUAAAACAACUAGCGAUCGUGUUGUAAAUAUCAUGUGACAGCCAUGACGAUAUGUCUAUACAAUGAAACACAUGCAUGUAUUACGAUAUAUUAUUGUGAUUUUGGUUAUUUACCUGUCGUUGCUUUUAUGGAUGUAUCAUUAUUUCUUUAAAACUGCAUUUCGGACAGACAAUGAUUCGGCUGAGAUGAUGUCUGGAUCAAAUAAAAUUGUAGAUCUAUUUAUUAAAAAGACGGGAGCACUUCCAGACUGGAGUUCAAGAUGUCUUUUGUCAAAUGCAACAGACACGUCUUUGCUGGCUUUUCGACAGACUAUCACACAGAAAGAAUUUUUAAUACUUAAAGACAUUUUAGUUACGUUUAAACACGCGUGUGAAGCAAACAAUUUGACAUACAUGUUGUAUGGCGGCUCAUUGUUGGGCGCUUACCGGCAUGCUGGCCUAAUUCCAUGGGAUGAUGAUGUUGAUAUAUGGAUGGAUUUUAAGCAGAUGAGAGUUGCAGAAACAGUUCUUGGCAAAAUACAAGGGUACGCUUUACAUAGAGAAAAGGAUGAUAAAAACUUAUGGAAAUUGUCUUAUGAUUCUAGUAAACCGAAUAAAUCAAAACUUGGUAGAAGAGAAGUGUUUCCAUACAUUCACAUACUAUUCUUCGUGGACAAUUCCACACAUGUCAGACAUUUGGAGGGUGCUAUUAAUAACAGAACUGUUUUCCCAAGAAAUGAUAUAUUUCCGCUCAAGAAAAUGCUGUUCGAAGAUGAAGAAUAUUUUGUACCAAACAGUGCGCAUGCUGUGAUCAAAAGGAAGUACGGACAGACUAACACGUGCACAGCACGUGACAUGGAAACCUUACAAGAUGUUAAAGCUGUAUCAUGUGACAGAUUGUACCCAUACUAUCCUUUCGUCACAAGAACGCACGUACACAAUAUUCAAAGGGAGACAUUGACUUUUGGCGGGAAAAUUAUUUGGCAACAAGUUAAUAAACGUUUCGGUAAUGGGAAGAACACAUAAACAUCCAGACAUGUGUUGCAUAAAUCCUGUAUUGGCAUAGGUUCCAUUGAUCCACGAAACAAAGAUGUUAGCAGAUUACUGUCUAUUCUUUGUAAACUGAAUUAUUCAACACGACGAAAAACUUUGUGUUGAAGCACAAAUUAAGUCAUACCCCACAAAGAGGAUUAAAUCGUUUGAACUUCUGCUCUUAUAUAGCCGCCAACAUCUUUGAUACAGAAUAACGAAUUCCUGUCACCACCAUGAAAAAGAAAUAUGAUAUAUCUGAAAAAGACAUUGUGUGUUCGUUUUAUUUUUAUAUGAUAAGAGGAAAAACACGUUUUGUAGUAUUUUCUUUACUAAUAUCAACUGUCUUUUUAUAAAUGCUCGAUCUUCUGUGACUAAAUUGGAUUAUUUCAGUUAUACACGCUCUUGGCACGGGGCAUGAAUAUGCUCAACUACAGCUUGUAGAUUAUGUUUGACGUUCAAUUGUUAGUCAAUGGUCUUUGAAAUAUAUGUUUAAUAAUCAAUUCUAAAAUGUCAUUAUGCAAAAAUAAAUUCGAGAAACAACA